AUGCACCUCAAGGUCAAACAAUCCACCAUUAUCGAUGGGGGGCUUGGUCUGUUUGCUACUAGAUGUGGGCGUCGCAAUUGUAAAAGAUGUGGUACCCGCGAAAAACCAACGGUUAUCUUCCCAGCUCUCGAAGAGAAUGUGACCCCAAAGUGUCCAACCAUCAAAGAUAUCGUACCAAAGACACUGUCCGAAAAGCAAAAGAAGAAAAAGUUGAAAGAAAAGAUCGCCGAUUGGGAAAGUUCAUUGGAUCUAGGAGGAAGAAGUGAUAUUGGGGAAUACUCUGGUGUGAUUCGUGAUGUACAGGACCCAACCCCCAUCAAUGGGUAUGCCAUGCAAACCCAAUCCACUACAGCAGUUGUCGAUUCUGGUAACAAGUUUUUAUCAGGUGUCACUCGUUAUGCCAACUGUCUAUUGGGCCCCCGAUUCGACAAAUUCCAUGAAGGGGAGACGAUCGUCAGCGCCCCUAACGCACACUCCUUCCAGGUAUCUCAAACUUCAUUUGUUUUCAAGGCUAUCGUAGAUAUUUACCCGGGUGAUGAAAUCUUUAUCACUUAUGGAAAAGAAUUGGAAGACAAAUUAAGAGCCGCAAAGAAAAAGAAAAUGAAGGAUGCCAAGGAAAGGGCAAAAUUCUUGGCCGAAGAUGCAGCCAGAGUGAAAGGGGAAUCCGAACUUGCAGCCAAGAAAGCAGAAGCAGCAGCCAAGAAACCCGUAAAGAAGACCCCCUCAAAGGCCACUAAGAAAUCAACAAUAAAACACUUUUUGACAUAA